CAGCUGAAAGGUCCUACCAUUACCAAUACCACUCUGGUUAGCCACCACCUGUCCCUCCCAGCACCUCUGACUGGGGUUUUUGCUGCUCCUGUCUAUUUAUUAGCCCCUCUGGAUCUUGAGAAACCCUCCGCCGUUUGGCUUCUCCCCUCACACACCUCGCCAUUUGUUUUGUGUCCUGAGCCAUGGCUGCCAAGCUGACUCGUCUCCACAGUCUCCGGGAGCGCCUUGGUGCCACCUUCUCCUCCCAUCCUAACGAGCUCAUUGCCCUCUUUUCAAAGUAUGUUCACCAGGGCAAAGGAAUGCUUCAGCGCCACCAGCUGCUCACUGAGUUUGAAGCCUUGUUUGAGGCUGACAAAGAGAGAUAUGCACCCUUUGAAGACAUUAUCCGUGCUGCUCAGGAAGCAAUUGUGCUGCCCCCAUGGGUUGCACUGGCCAUCAGGCCUAGGCCCGGUGUCUGGGACUACAUACGGGUGAAUGUUAGCGAGUUGGCUGUUGAGGAGCUGACAGUUUCCGAGUACCUAGCAUUCAAGGAACAGCUUGUUGAUGAGCACGCCAGCAGCAAGUUUGUGCUUGAGCUUGAUUUUGAGCCUUUCAAUGCUUCCUUCCCGCGUCCUUCCAUGUCCAAGUCCAUUGGAAAUGGGGUGCAGUUCCUUAACCGUCACCUGUCUUCCAAGCUGUUCCAGGACAAGGAGAGCCUCUACCCACUACUGAACUUCCUGAAAGCCCAUAACUACAAGGGCACGACAAUGAUGCUAAAUGACAGAAUUCAGAGCCUUCGUGGGCUCCAGUCAGCCCUUAGAAAGGCAGAAGAGUAUUUAACGAGCAUCCCUGAGGACACCCCGUCCUCUGAGUUCAACCACAGGUUCCAAGAGCUUGGCUUGGAGAAGGGUUGGGGCGACACCGCUAAGCGUGUACAGGACUCCAUCCACUUGCUUCUUGAUCUACUUGAGGCCCCUGAUCCAGCCAGCUUGGAGAAGUUCCUUGGAACUAUACCAAUGAUGUUCAAUGUUGUUAUCCUGUCUCCACACGGAUAUUUUGCUCAAUCCAAUGUGUUGGGAUACCCUGAUACUGGUGGCCAGGUUGUGUACAUCUUGGAUCAAGUCCGUGCUUUGGAGAAUGAGAUGCUUCUGAGGAUUAAGCAGCAAGGCCUUGACAUAACCCCUAAGAUCCUCAUUGUCACCAGGCUGUUGCCUGAUGCUGUUGGAACUACAUGUGGCCAGCGGCUGGAGAAAGUUAUUGGGACUGAGCACACUGACAUUCUCCGUGUUCCAUUCAGAACUGAGAAGGGGAUCCUCCGUAAGUGGAUCUCUCGUUUUGAUGUCUGGCCAUACCUGGAGACAUACACCGAGGAUGUUGCAAACGAACUCAUGAGAGAAAUGCAGACCAAGCCUGAUCUCAUUAUUGGCAACUACAGUGACGGUAACCUUGUCGCCACUCUGCUUGCGCAUAAGUUGGGAGUUACCCAGUGCACCAUUGCCCAUGCUUUGGAGAAAACAAAGUACCCAAACUCAGACAUAUAUUUGGACAAAUUUGACAGCCAAUACCAUUUCUCAUGCCAGUUCACUGCUGACCUUAUUGCCAUGAAUCACACUGAUUUCAUCAUCACCAGCACAUUCCAGGAAAUUGCUGGAAGCAAGGACAGCGUGGGCCAGUAUGAGUCUCACAUUGCUUUCACCCUCCCUGAUCUCUACCGUGUUGUCCAUGGGAUUGACGUGUUCGAUCCCAAGUUCAACAUUGUCUCUCCUGGAGCAGAUAUGACUGUCUACUUCCCAUACACUGAAACUGACAAGAGGCUUACUGCCUUCCACCCUGAAAUUGAAGAGCUCCUUUACAGCGAUGUUGAGAACUCUGAACACAAGUUUGUAUUGAAGGACAAGAACAAGCCUAUCAUCUUCUCAAUGGCUCGUCUUGACCGUGUGAAGAACAUGACAGGCUUGGUUGAGAUGUUCGGUAAGAAUGCUCAUCUGAAGGAUUUGGCAAACCUUGUGAUUGUCGCUGGUGACCAUGGCAAGGAGUCCAAGGAUAGGGAGGAGCAGGCUGAGUUCAAAAGGAUGUACAGUCUCAUUGAGGAGUACAAGUUGGAGGGCCAUAUCCGGUGGAUCUCAGCUCAGAUGAACCGUGUUCGCAAUGCAGAGUUGUACCGCUACAUUUGUGACACCAAGGGCGCAUUUGUUCAGCCUGCAUUCUAUGAAGCAUUUGGCCUGACUGUUGUCGAGGCCAUGACAUGUGGUUUGCCCACAAUAGCGACAUGCCAUGGUGGCCCAGCUGAAAUCAUUGUGAAUGGUGUCUCUGGUUUGCACAUCGAUCCUUACCACAGUGACAAGGCUGCAGAUAUCCUGGUCAACUUCUUUGAGAAAUCCACGGCGGAUCCAACCUACUGGGACAAAAUGUCGGAAGGUGGCCUGAAGAGAAUUUAUGAGAAGUACACCUGGAAGCUGUACUCAGAGAGGCUGAUGACCCUGACUGGUGUAUAUGGUUUCUGGAAGUAUGUGAGUAACCUUGAGAGGCGUGAGACUCGCCGUUACCUUGAGAUGUUCUACGCUCUGAAGUACCGCAGCCUGGCUGCUGCAGUUCCAUUGGCUGUCGAUGGCGAGAACACGGACAAUUAGUGUGGGACAUGAAGAGGUGCCUUCAGAGGGCGAAGUGUUGGCUGCGCUAUGAUUUGAUUGUCUACCGUAGUUUUCAUUUGGUCUAUUGUGGAGUGUGUACUUGGAUGUCUCCGGCACUUGUGUGAGGUUUUGGGCAGUGCUUUUCUGGUUCCUGCUAGCUGCAUAUGUUGUCUUCAAUAAACGCCUGCCCGUAUUGUUCAUCUCUUAUAAUUCAAUGCAAUCUUCUGUUGCCUCAA